AUGGACGACACAUCACCUCUAGCAGAGCAUCCACAUGGAAUUCCAGCUCAUUUCCACCACUCACCGGUUUCCCGUGCCUCCCCACGUCUCCCUCAAGCCAUCGCCCACCGAGGAUUCAAAGGCCAAUACCCCGAGAACACCCUACUAUCAAUAGAUGGAGCAAUCCGGGCAGGAGCACACGCCCUCGAGCUGGACCUUCACAUCUCCCGCGAUGGGAUCGUGGUUUUAUCACACGAUGCAAGCCUGAUGCGCUGCUUCGGCAUCAAGAAGAAAGUAAUCGACUGUGACUGGGAGUAUCUAAAGACUCUACGAACUCUACAAGCCCCCCACGAACCCAUGCCGCGGUUAAUCGAUGUAUUGGAAUACCUAAGUCAACCAGGCCGGGAGGAUUUCUGGAUUUUGCUCGAUAUAAAGCUCACCAAUGAACCCUUCGCUAUAAUGGACCUUAUUUCCAAAACAAUCGACUCAGUACCAUCAACUGUACCCUGGCACCGUCGAAUCAUUCUAGGCUGCUGGUCUGCUCGGUAUCUACCCGCGCGAGCAAAACAUCUACCGCUCUACGCGGUGACGCUUGUCUGCGUUGAUGUGAGCUAUGCGCGCCAGUUCCUACAAAUACCACUUGUAUCUUUCAACAUCAAUCAGAUGAUCCUGAUGGGUCCGCUAGGACGGGGGUUUCUAGACGAGGCGCGUGCUGCAGGACGUCAGGUUUAUGUCUGGACGGUGAAUGCGCCGAAUCUAAUGCGUUGGUGUAUACGACAUCAAAUCGAUGGUGUUAUCUCCGAUGAGCCCGGACGGUUCCGGCAGGUUUGUGAGGGGUGGGAAAAGGAACAUAGUGGUGUGUUGGGUGUUCCGAAUCCUAAUUUAGAUCGGAUUCCGUUGAGACAGCGGAUUGAGAUUAUUGCUGUGGCGCUUUAUGUGAUUUGCUUUGGGUGGAUCUUGAAACGGAUGUAUCUUGCUCCGGUUGAGCGACUAGAGUUUGAGGAACGGAAGUCUAGAUAG